UAUUCAAAACACAAAUAAAGAUAUUUCACAAAUCAGACACAACCGUUUUAUAGUGCAAUACCAUCCCUGGGAAUAAGUUCGUUAUCAAAAUUAAAUGAUUUUAUUUUCUAAGUCAAAGAGGACCGGACGUAUUUACGUUAUUAACGUAAUAAGAAAGUGUUCAAAAGUGACGGAAAUGUUUUGUUGAUAUUUGAAAAAGAGAAAAACCACACGUGCAUAUGACCGAGGAAGUACUUUUAUUAUCAUAAAUGAUUAUGUGUUGAAUUAAUUUCGUGAAUUUUUAAAUCACAAUCAGUUCAGUAAGCUACCAAAGUGGGACAAACUAAUUGGAAGUUUCGUUGUCUCUAUAAAUUUCCGCGACUAAUUUAACAAUGAUGCGUAACCAAGACGUUAAAUGAAAUACGUUGUAUCUUGUUUUGUAUCAAUCUUGGGACUUCAUUAUAUUAAUAUAAUAGAGUUUAAUAUUGGACAUAUUUUGAAAAAAAGUUCGUGCACAAGUUCACGAUGACGGAUAUUUUGAGACCCUUUACGCCAAAACGUAUUCCAAAAAACUAUUACAAGCGCGGUUCAACUAUGACGCCACGUCAGCUUCAGGAAGACCGUGACAAAUACAGCUUCCGGAUUAGACCGACGUCAGCACCAGCGACGUCAAACAUCCAAAGAUCAAGGAGGUUUACGCCUAUUACAGUGACAUCAGAGUAUGACUUCAUUCGACGUCGCAAGGUCAGUCCAAAAUCGGCCAAAGAAAGAUCAACAUUCACUGACGUCAAUGAUAAUGUCAAUUACGCUUAUCGGACAGACGGCAGAACAGGAACAACGGAAACCUCUGACGAUCAAGACAUGUUUGCCGUUGUGCGGGCGGUCAAGGAGGCCCGGACGUUUGAGGAGGACACGGAGUUUUUCCGGGAUAUCCAGAAAGACAUGCAGCAACCGGAAGUGGGUGUGAAGGAGGAAAAGAAGGAUGCUGCGCCCGUCUUCAACAAGCGUCUAUUCGCAUCCCAGGGUUCUGUGAUAAUCACUCAGGAGGCACGACGCUUGAUGGCACGAAACAGUGAGGCGAACGUCAGAUGUGAUCUAAACACCCAGUUGACGAAAUCACAGAUUACAUGCUUGCGUUGUGUUGUCGAUGGAUUAAAACUGAUACAUAAAGGACAAGAUUUUGUAAAAGACGUUUUGAGCAAGGUGGUCUCUUAUGAGAUGUACAAAGCUUUCGAGAAUGUGCCCACGAAAUCCUGGGAGAACGAACUAGGAUGCCACUACAUUUUGAACGGCGCCGUUGAGGUGACGUAUGAUCUCAAGGCCGUGGAGUCACGAAACGUUUUCCAGGCCAACAUUAUCUAUAGUCAUGGCACAGGGGAAUAUCUCGGCCUGGUAAGUCCGGAAGGGCCGACAGAAGACCUUACCCCACCCGCCACUAUAUACACGAAGGAACUGACACAGUUUAUUCGGAUAGACCGCGCGCGUUUUCAUGCGCUCAUGCGAAAAGCGACAGAAAUGAUCGAUAAACGCAAACGUGACUAUGUGAACGAAUAUAGCUUCCUCAAAGAUGUCUCUCAAGAAGUGAAGGAGAAAAUUUUGCAUAAAAUGGCGAUUCAGGAAUAUCCAGCCAACAGAGUUUUGCUAGCCCAGAAUGAGAUGACAGACUACAUCUAUGUCAUGAUGAAAGGUCGAUGCCAAACGUACCGGGAGAUUUUCAUACCGGAAGCUGAAAGAGAAGUGCUUUUCUACCUUACCAGCAGGGAGAAAGAUGAUUUCUUUGGGGAAGAGUGUGUAUUGGAUCACGCGCCAGCCACGUGCACUGUCGUGACGGUUACUGCUGCCACGUGCCUCAAACUCCACAGGUCGGCGCUGAAGAUGGUACAUCGUGAUAGGCUGACGCGCUACAUCGACUGCCAACGUCACGAGGUCCCCAACGACCGGGAACUCCAGAAUCGGGGGUACAAGGAUUCCGUGUGGAACCGAUAUAAACACAACCAGGUAAAAGCAUCCCUGAGGGAGGGUGGCAAACUGCGAUACCUGAGUCGACCACACAGCGCCACCAUCCACGAACGGCCACCCACAGACGGGGAAAUGUACACUGAAAAUAUGAGACGAUUUGUAAUGAAAGGAUCUAAAUAUGAACCACUCCGUGCAAAAUCGGCUGUGCAUACACGUCAUCACCGCGAUCAUCGGUUACCAAGGCGACCAAAAACUGCUAUAUCAAGCGGACUAAUUACGGAAACUGCCGAAGACGAUUCGGAAAAACACGAAGCGAGCGACAAGGAAAAUGAGAAAGGUGAAGAAGUGGACAGUGGUAACCAAGGAACAGAGGAGACGGGUUCAAAGCUCAUGAGCGUAGAUAAGGCCAAAGAAAUGGAGAAACACGUCGAAAAGACUCGGCGCAAAAGCAUUGUACCAUUGUUACAGGCGAUGGAAUCUCGCGAGAGUCUCAUGAAGGUCCUAGAUGAACAGAGUGACGUGAGCGCGCAACUCCGCCAGGCGUGGAGGGCGGACAACCAGCAAGAGACGCAGAACUUUAUGAAGAACGGCGUUUUAGUGACGAUGACGUCAGAGGACAUCGUCCGAAAGGCAAAGGCGCUGGCCAAGGGUCACGCAGACAAGUGGGGCGCCAGGGGUGGUGGCGAGGAGGAAUGGGACACGAUACUUCACGCUGAAAACAAACAGGCCAAAAUGCUGAUCACUGCCAACCGGAUGCGGAUGAAGGAUUUGAAACGUCGUUUAGCCGAACUUCAGAAAAAGCGAGAACGGGACCGGAAACGAAACGCACCUAGGCAGCAUGGCGAAUUUUCGGAAUCUGACUCAGACUAAACUGAUCAUUUCAGCCUAAAAAGCAUUACUGUGGUAUAUAUGUGUAAUACAGUACACGUAGUAUGAAUACGAUUCAUGUUUAAGUGUGGAACAGGACAGUUUCCUGAACUGACAUUAUACUGUCGCAUAUGUUUAAGAAUAUGGAAAUAUAUACCAUUGUGUAUAAAAUGCAGAAACCAAGAUAAGGGUUUAGAUGAGGCACGAUUUCUCCAAGUACAAAUCUUUCAGCAUAUUAUCAGACCAGUCGGAUGGCCUAAAUACGUUUACUACUAUAUAAAAAUGGAAUGCACUAUUAGAUUUAAAGUCAUUACGUAUGACAUAGCAUAAAACUAGAAAGCUACUCCGAAAGAAUACUACCAUGGUGUAUUUGACCUCAAAUAUAACGUAAAACACACUCAAAAUGACCACUUACGCAGUGGCGUCUCUAGCGGGGGCAUGAGGGCCCCCAGUUGGCCGACAAAUGAAACGUAAAAACACAUAUUUUUAACCUUACAGUUAUACUUGAACAACUAAAUCGCUAAUUUAUAUAGUGUUUUUUAUAAGUAUGUCCACUUUAUAUGAUGAAUUAAAAUAUUCUUGUAUAUGUACGGUAAAAGGCAUCAACGGUUCAAUACCUCAG